GAGGGGGGCAGGGGGGUGGUGGGGGUGAGGCUGUCGCUGUUGCUGUCGUGCUCCGUGGGCUCUCCCCUCCCCUCCGCUCGACGCAACCGCAGUCCUUAGUUCCCGCCUCAAAGACAGUGACGUUUCUACCUGUCUGUUCUUACAGGGGGCUGGCUUAGCUGAACGCUCCCCUCCUGACUUUGUUGAUACAGAAUAUACACCAGGUACUAGUAGUGACAAGCAGCCGUUCCUUCCAUACGAGGUGAUUGACUGGCUUUUGACCAGAAUUCCAGUCCAGAACCAUGGCGAGAAACUCAGCUGAUUAACCCUCUCGAUAUUUGGAAAACUGCUUCUUUUGGUGGAAAGAGAUAUCGUGGAGAAGUAACAUACUGCUGUCUGCUCUCUUAACUUAAUGGGAAAAGGAGUUAAGUGGAAACUUUUAAAGGGAAAUAGAUUUUUUUCCAGGCUGAAGCUGAGAACUUGGCAAAAUAACCCACGAAAUGUCUCCUGAAUCAAAAAAACUUUUCAACGUACUUAUUUUGGGAAUCUCAUUCAUGUUUAUAUUCACUGCUUUCCAAACAUGUGGAAAUAUUGCGCAAACAGUUAUUACAAAUCUAAACAGCACAGAUUUUCAUGGCAGUGGCUACACAAGUAUGUCCAUUAUUUAUGGAGUAUUCUCAGCAUCAAACCUUAUCUCACCUUCAGUGGUUGCACUAGUAGGACCUCAACUCUCCAUGUUUAUUAGUGGCAUAUUUUAUAGCUUAUACAUUGCAGUUUUUAUCCAGCCUUCUACGUGGAGUUUCUAUACUGCUUCUGUUUUUAUUGGCAUUGCAGCUGCUGUACUGUGGACGGCACAGGGAAAUUGCUUGACCAUCAAUUCUGAUGAAAACACUAUUGGAAGGAACAGUGGAGUGUUUUGGGCACUCUUACAGUCCAGCUUGUUUUUUGGAAACCUCUACAUCUACUUUGCUUGGCAAGGAAAAACUUACAUAUCAGAGAGCGAUCGCAGAACUGUCUUCAUUGCCCUGACUGUUAUCAGUCUUGUGGGCACAGUUCUGUUCUUUCUGAUUAGGAAACAAGAGGACACAAAAGCUCCAGGGGAGGAAGAUUCUACUAAUGAAAUCCUUGGGGACAGCUCGUCUGCACGAAACAAACUGACGAGAGCAGUGGAUGCCUUCAAGAGAUCUAUAAGGCUAAGCUUCACGAAGGAGAUUCUGCUUCUCAGCGUUACGACAGCCUACACAGGUUUGGAAUUAACAUUCUUUUCUGGAGUAUAUGGAACGUGCAUUGGUGCUGUGAAUAGGUUUGGCACCGAAGAGAAAAGCCUUAUUGGUCUCUCUGGGAUUUUUAUUGGUGUUGGAGAAAUUUUAGGUGGAGGAAUCUUCGGUUUGCUGAGCAAGAGGAGUCGCUUUGGCAGGAACCCCGUUGUGAUGCUAGGCAUCGUUGUCCAUUUCAUUGCCUUUUAUUUAAUUUUUGUCAACAUGCCAAGUAAUGCCCCUGUUGCUCCUAUGGAAGGAACAGAUGAUGUUGCUUACAUGAUUCCAAGCAAAGAGGUGGCCAUAUUCUGCAGCUUUCUGUUGGGCCUGGGAGACAGCUGCUUCAAUACCCAACUCCUCAGCAUUUUAGGAUUCCUGUAUUCUGAAGACAGUGCUCCUGCCUUUGCCAUCUUUAAGUUUGUUCAGUCCAUCUGUGCUGCGGUUGCAUAUUUCUACAGCAACUACUUCCUCCUGCAGUGGCAACUCCUGAUCAUGGUGGUUGUUGGUUUCUUUGGAACAAUUACCUUCUUUGCAGUGGAGUGGAAAGCAGCAGCUCUGCUUGCCCGUGGCUCUGACUACAGCAGCAUUUGAUCUUGAAAUCCUACACCUAAUCCAGCGUUAAGGAAGAGCACAAGCACAUUUAUUGACAAGUGAUGCGAGAAGGUGGAAAGAUCAAGUUGAAGAGAUUACGAUGGAGGAAGCUGCUAAUAAAUCACCAUCGCUCAAACUGAACGUGAAAUAUAGGAGGAAAAAAUGCCAAGUCUGAAAGGCUUUGUUCUUGCUUUAAUCAACUGCGUGUGGUAUGCGUGUUCUUAAAAACCCUGUGUUAGAACUGGAAGGAAAUAGAGAUCAAUGUAUUGAACAAUUUAGUUCUGAGCCUUACCUUCCUGAAUGUGUAAUUGCCUAAUUUCGCUGUCAUCCACUACAGAAUUAGUUUUUCUCCCUAAAUUAUUUUACCUAUAUUGUAGUUCUGCAGACACUUAAAUUCUCCCACUGAAUGACCAAUGCUUUUAUGAUGCAUUACAGAACAUGUCUGUAAAGCUGAGAAAUCAAUUCACGUCAUUGAUUUUUUUUUUUUUUUCCAACAAUUAGAUAUGCAGGAGUAUUUCUGCAGGGAACGUUGCCUUCUUAUUCUUUUACCUGGAUGUCCUCAAAUCCUUGUUUAGAAGAAUUUGCUUCCCUUAGUCACCUGCAGGACACAAAACCAGCCUUUUGAUCCGUUGUCUCCCCCCACAGAGCUGCAGUGGGACAGCUGCUGUCACCUUCUCAGGGUAAUGCUACGUGAAGGACUGCAAGGCUUCCCUCCCAGCCGUCCCAGCAGUUCUUUCCAGUUCACAGAUCGUGGUGAGAAUUGCAGUGAUGGCAGCGUUCUCAAAGAAACGUUUUAAAAGUGCAGUUGGAGUCAGAAUGUGAUCUGUAAGAAUAAUCUUGUGGUGUUUAUUCUGCUGCAUGGUCUAAAAAUACCUGCGAUGAUUGACGUCACUUGUUUCCUUCAGUGUAUUUAGGGAAGACUACUGUAAUCUUGUUCUGCCAAAUGUGAAAAGAAGCUGAACGGCAUAGCAACUCAAUUUUAAUCCAGAACUGUUGUAGAUGGCCAUCUCCUGUACUCAGCCAGUGCAACCCACCUUGCUUUUAGCUGUCUAUGUGACGUUGUAGUACUUGCAGUGCUUUGUUUCCAUCCAGCAGAUAAACAAGAUGCAGCUGGAAGCAGAUAAGAAACCCUGAGCGAGGUGUGGGUGUUCUAGACACUCCAUGUGACUAUUCUUAGCAAAGUGCCAUUUCCCAAGCUUGUCAUGCACAGUCAGAAUGCAAAUGUCUUGUCAUAUUUUCAAAGACAAGUAAAAAUAUUGACUCGGUGCAUGCAUUAGUAGCUCCUGCGUGUCACACAGACAUAGGUGUGCCCAAGGUUAAACUUGGUGAGGGAGUAUGGUGUCUCCUGUGACAUUUGCUGUCACUUCUGCUCUUGCAGAGCAUCUAAAACACAACUCCCAUGAAGCACAGCUGUCUUCAUGCAUAAUGAGACAGCGGAGAAGGAUUAUUUUAGAGCCAUAUAGAAAGGAUUUUAAAUUCGCUCUGGGUUUUUUUUUGCUGCGAAUUUAGUAAGGUGUUAGUGGGAGGAUUAGAAGGCACCUGAACAAUUGGCAAGCAAAGAAAUCGAGGACAGCCAGGAAAGCCUUUGUAUAUUUCCAGCAGAUGUAAUGGAUGAUGUGGAGGAGUGAGACGAGAGCACACAUUGAGUGAGGGGUUAUUGAAGCCAUUCCAAUUUGUCAGGCAAACUGAGAAAGCGUUUGGUAUUCAAUCACAAAAAGGGAGUAGCAGCACUCAAAUGCUCUUAUCCACCCCUGUUAUCCUGUAAUGUGAAGUACACUGUUUGUAUACAGAGCACCAUAAAACGUGUAGAUGAUAGGGUGCUGUCAGUGAUUGCAGUUCUCUUGUUGCUACGUAUCUGUAUUUUCUCUCAAAUAUAAAAGGGAAAAAGAAUCUUUUCAAAGGUGCAUGCACUUACUUCCCUCUCUGAUUGUUUGUGGGACUCGUUCUUCCCAUACAGAUCAACAAGAGAGAGCAAAGCCCACAGGAAAUGACUUGGUCUUACAGUGCAUGGGAGGGAAAAUCAUUUUUGGGUCUUGUAGUAAUGAGUAGUUAAAAGUGAUGCUGUUUCAUUUUAGCUAGAUAACAGCUCUUGUGAGGUUACUUUCAAAAUCAAUCUAUUUUAAUGAAUUUGUGUUGUUCGGUCAACUAUUUUAUUAGAAAUUAAAAAAAAAAAAUCAGCAAUUUGGUGUAGUUUCAGCAAGCAUUUUGAGACCAGCAUUCAGGGAUACUGACGGACGGGGAUCUGUGUGUAUGCAGUACUUCUGUGAAUCAGGUUUCUCUGUGUUUCCCUUUCCUUGUUCUGUUUGGUCUGCCUCAAUGAUAGAGAAUGUCACAAGGCUGUUCAGAACUGUUGAUUGGGUCACUGAAGUGAAGUGUUAUUGCUCUGUGACAAGUUUUGCAAGAAACUGAGAUAUAUAUAUAUAUAUAUCAAUAUAUAUAUUUACUGUUGACUAUAUAACUUUGAACUUUUGAUCUUAAGGAAAAGUUUGCAGCUGACCAAGCCAUGACACGAUUGUUUCUUCACUUAUUUCUGUGAUUUGUUGGGUAAUAAAAGUCCAUGCAGCAGUACACAGUGGUUAGAUGGGUCAGAAGUUUUGGCACAGCAAUCUAAAGAAUGGCAGUGCUGGCAGCCAUCAGCAUUGCAGCUCUUAAUGUUCUACCAGCAUUUACCAGCCCUGAGGCUGUACCCCGUUCAUUUUACCUCCUUGGCCUUUGAACAGUUCUACAUCAAUCUGAGUUGGGAGCUUACUGUUUAUUUCAGUGGGAUGUGGGGGAAAAAUAGGCUUCUGCUAUGUUUGUGAUACCAUGGUUUUGUUUUAUGUUAGGGAUUUUAUAAGUGAAAUUACAUAUUAAUUUGCUUGGGUUUAUUUAUUUUUUUUCCUGCUCUUAUCCUUUUAUGUUAUUACUGAGGUUUAAUAUCCGGACAUAUCACAUCCAAGUUAUUCAAACAAAUGCUAAGAGGAAAUGAAAACUGAUACUCUUGACAUCUGAGUGCCAGAGAUGCUGCUAUGAAUUAAUCUUUCAUGCAUAUCAUAUAAGCUUAUCCAGGUUUUUGUCUCACCACUUUGGUUUUCCUUCUGAUAUAAUAUGAAUCUAUGCAAAGAGAGUUUCUGCAGCCCUAGACCGUGAUGUUAACUAAGAGGUGUGCUUUUAUUUUUGUUGUGUUCUUUUCAUUUGGUACAAUCUACGUAAGAAUGUUGAGAUAAGGAAGAGAAGCAUUUAUAAAAGGUUCUUUAUAAAUGUGGUCUUAAUAAAUUUCUGCCGGUUCAGCUAAACUAGUAAGGGGUAUUGGAGGGGAAAAACGUCAUAACUUCUACCAAGGUCCCUAUGGUAAUAAAAGGCCUCCUGGGAUGUCUCCAGCCCUGCAGACAGCCAAGGUCAGGGCUGGGCUCUGAGCACUGAUGGAGCCGUGGGUGUCCCUGCUCAAUGCAGGGCUGGCACCAGAUGGCCUUGAGGGUCCCUUCUGACUCCAACCAUCCUGUGAUGCUCUGUGCCUGCUUGAAGCAAGAAGCCUUCAGCUGAUGUCGUUCUUGUUUGUUGUGGCCUGCUUAGAUGCCACUGGAAAGAGCUCUCUGGUGGAGUUUGCUGGUUAAGUCUCAUGGAAAAUAAUUUUAGUACAGAAAACUAUAAAGGUGGGGCCUCGCCUCAGCUGAUACAAUUGGGAAAAUCUCACUUGCCUUUUCCUUAACUCCUCUAGGUAACUUGAGGAGCCUGGUUCCCUUGGCACCAGUAAGUAAUGCUGCAGGGGCUGCCUGGGAGAAGUGUGCCAUGCGUGGAGAGAAGCGCCGAGGUUUGCUAGAGCUGUGUUUAAUUGUUUGCUGCCGGCCAUUAGAACAGAACACGAGGCAGACUGGAAUGCUGGGGACGGAGUCAGGAGGUGAUGUCCUCCUCCAAGCAAUCCUGUUGUUUACAGGGUGACAUUGUGCAGCAGUCCAAUGGUUGCAGUUUCGUUUCACUUCAGCUAAAGGUGACUUUGGGUUAGAAUUGGGGAUACGCUGAGGACGGGCUCACGCAACGAUUAUCUUGAUGAUAACGCUGAUUUCCAGGGUGCUGAGUGAAAGCAGACUGUUCUAUUUCUUUCCAUUGCAGAUUCUUCCUAACUCCGCCGUGGCUCCGUGGUGUGAUGGCUGGGUGGCCUCGGCCUGCUGCUUUCAGAGAGAGACCAUCUGUAUUCGGUUGCUGACUGUAAUAUCCUUUACAUGUGCAAAUAGAAAAGCACCUCCCAGGUCGCUGUCAGCGCACACAGCCCUUUGGGUCCGUGGAUAAAAGGACAUUUAGGGGUUUGUGAUUCAAAGUUGAAUCAUGAAAGGGGGAAAAAACAGAAGGUUUGUGCCUUAAAUGAAGAAUCAAUCAUCUUGUCAUCUUGAAGGGAAAUAGCUAUUUGUUAAGGUCACUUAGUGAAAUUAGCUUCAAUUAAGCAACUUUGCUAAAUGCAGUGGUGACUGCUCAUUGUCACAGCCGCUCAUCUUUUGGUAAAGCCUGACCUGCACAGUUUGCUAUCAUUAUUAAUCUUUGCUUUAAAGAAAGAAAAAAGAGAACAAUUACAGAUAAUAGCUUGUUUAGAAGAGCCUCCCCACCAUACAUCACUAUUUGUUUCGUGCUUGCAGUAGUAUAACCAUGGUGCAGGGCGUUUGGUUCAGUGCUGCGGCGCUGAGUGCUUGUAGGAAGGAAAGAAAACGUUUCUUCUGUAGCAGACUGGGCACUGCAACACACAAUUGUGGCAGUCCUUCAGCUGAACCUGUGAAUAGGCACGGCCAAUGUAUCUUUCCCAAUCGAAGUAGAUGUCUAAUUGCUGAUUACCAUUAUUUUAAAUUAAAAAGAUGCAUUUUUACAAGCAGGCACGCUGGGUUGGCCCUGUGGUCUGGACAUGAGGUGGUGCACAGUGACGGGACCCCAGCCUGGGGGCGGUGACAGAUGCCCUGUGUGUGUGUGCAAGCAGGAGCCUGCUGUCCAGCUGGGUGCUGAGCAGUCACAGUGACUGCCUGCUUGUCUCACACCUUUCCAGCAGCUGUGUGUGCCCGCUGCUCUGUGUCACGCUCCCUUGAGGCUGAUCACGGUGCUAAAAGGGGAGAGGAGGUGAAUGGCAUCACCGGCUGCCAGGGCACCUCUGCCCUGCUCGAGCAGCGUGAUGGAUGGAGCACGGUGCAGGUGGAGGACAGCUGUGAAGGCUCAGCAUUUUCCCUUGCUGCUAACGUCUCCGUAACUCUAAUCUAAAAUCUGCAGGCUGCGUUUAUAAAUGAACUUCAUUCCCACCAUGCGUAUUCCUAUAAAAUACUUGUACAGAAUAUAAAUGACCUCAGUCCUGAUGUAUUUCUGUGCUCAGCUUGCCACAGGGUGGAAACAAGCCGUGCAUCAGGUGCUGUAAGGUGCUCUGUCCCUGUGGAUGGGUGGCCCAGCAGGAACUUGUGCUCUAGUUGGACUUCCCGGAGAAAACACGACACGAGGGAGACUUCAAAUGUAGCAGUGCUCGCAUUCACAAGGCGCCCUUACCUCGAGCUGCAAUCACAGGCGGAGCUCAAUGACAUUUAUGUAUAAUUAUAAUGAUUAUACUUCCUAAGAGCCUAAUUCUGCAAAUUCUCAGAUGUGUCGGCGCUGCCCUUUCCCGGUCGGUGGCAGAGGACAGGGCUGGGCGCCCUGCGGGUGCUCAGCAGUCGGCGUACGGCCGCGCCGCUCUGAUUUGAUACAUGCACAAAAAAAUGACUGCAGGGGAAGGAAAGGGCGUUGUGCACACUGAGCUUCAUCUCGUGCAGAAAGCAAUUGGAUUUAAAAGUUCGCCCGGCGAUGCAAAGGCUUCUUAUGUUCUGCAGUAAACAAACAGAGCACCGGGGAUGGGGAAGGGAUGGGGACCUGAAGCCUGCAGCCCUGGGAGCGUCGUGCUCAAAGCAUGCUUGGUGGGGAACCACAUGAGGUAAGGGGCAGUCACGUCCUGCUCUUGGUGGUGGAGGUGGUUGCUGGGCUUCGGGGGAGAGGGGCCAGCAACUGAAGGGAGCACUGUGAUGCUCACGGGGACCUCCCUACCCUGCAGGCUUAGGGUGCUCUGGAGCACUGUGCUGUGUUCUGAGCAGCUGGAAGUGCAGUUUGAUGGUCAAUAUUCUAACGAGAGGCUGUGUUUAGGAAGAAUGAUAGCGUUCUUGGGUCAUCGACGAACUCUCAAAUGAAGUUGUUCUGUCUCUGGUGGAAUUAAAGACUUAAAAUGUCAA